UACCACCCCCUGUUACUCCAGUCAGACGAUCUGGCUAACGUUCUGACCUGCAAGUCUCCGAUCCAUCUCACAACCCGUACCAGAAUCUUCCAGUAUAUUGACACUGUCUGUGGGGACUACAACGUCGUGACAGCAUGGUGAAUAACUCCGAGGAGCAAUCCCCAAGCCCUCAGAACUCACACACACAAACUCCAACUCUCGAAAGUCAGGAGACCACCCCUCCCACCCACCGAAAAGAAACAAGCGCCGUUCGGCAACUGAUACCACCCCAGCAGUAACCAAGGGAAUACAACCAUCCACCCCCACGAAACCUGGGCCCCCGACGGCUUGGGUGAAAAGGCAACUCGAAUAAUCUAAGAGUUGUGCCUCAGGGUACAAAGCCUCGAGGGUCGGGCCACGACCAAGGAGCGGUAUCACGCAGAACAUGGAAGCCAUGCGACCUCCAGAACCCAAUCUCACCGUGAAACUCGGAACAGGUCGCCCGAACGGUGCCACAACAAAUGACACGACCACAAUAUAUCCCGAGAACCGGAGCGCCGGCACGAUGAAGACGACCGACGGCACGAUCGGAAAGCCAAACAGGCUAGAAGCGAGCACGUAAUAAUGGGAGCUACCCCAUUCACCGACAGAAUCCUAAGAUCCAAACUUUUGAAGGGUUUUGACAUGCCCACAAACAUGAAAUACCAUGGAACUAAGGAUCCACAAGAACACCCAACGGCCUUUGAGGCUAGAAUGAACCUAGAAGGAGCUGUUGAUGUUGUCCGAUGCAGAGCCUUCCCAGAAGUACCUCGAUAGGUUCAACGAUGAGUGUCUAAUGAUCGAAUGACUCAGUCACGAGUCUCUGUCUGAUUAACGGCCUCAUGAAUGAAGACUUCCAAAAACAUCUUACCAUCAGGAUGAUCUGGACCAUGCACAAGAUCCAAAGCGUCACAAGGGAGUACAUAAAUGACAAAGAGGUGAGCUAAGUCGUAGCCGCCAACAAACGGCAGCACGACACCUCGUCAUAAUCCCCCGCCGAGAGAAACUCAGAAAGAACACCCCAAGCCGGCAAACACUAACCGACCACCCAGGGUCGGAAAAUUCUAAAGCUACACCCCUACCAGCCCCCAUUACUGAAAUCUACCACCAAAUAGCUGAGCGGGGCAUCCUCCCGAAGGCUCGACAACUAAAAGAGCAGACGGGUGGCAAUAGGACCCUAUACUGUGACUACCACUGAGGAUACAGUCAUAAAACCCAAGAUUGUUUCGACUUAAAGGACGCCCUUGACAAGCCAUCCGAGACGGCAAACUUCUCGACUUUGCCAAAUUCAUUAAGGAACCAAGACAAACAGAAAAGGACAAAUCACCAGAGCACGAAAGACAACCCCAAGACGCGACAACAAACACCUCAGGAGAAUCCCAAAACGGACCCACUAUAAUCGUAAAUGUCAUCAUCGGAAAAGACGCUCAGGAGAAAUCAAAAUCAACACUAAAAAGGACCUCAAAAUCUUGGCCGUUAGAAACCAAGCUUUGACCCCCACACUCGUAGAAACGAUCAUGUUCUUCCCCAAAGAUUGUGAACACGGCACCUCAGUAAAAGACGCCCCAUUUGUCAUCUCAGCAAAAGUCAGGAUAGGACUCAUAAAGAGGAUACUAGUCGACACCAGAGCGAACUCCAAUAUCCUCUUCAGAGGAGCUUUUGACAAACUCAGACUCUGGAACAAAAAUCUGCAAACCCACCGCAACGGGAUAACCGGGCUCAGAGAUAUCUUCCUUAAACCGGACGGUUCCAUAGUAUUUCAACUUAUCAUCGGAACCGGAAGCCAAAGAAAGACCAUCCUCUCUGAGUUCAUAGUCCUCAAGGACUCCACCGCCUAUAACAUCAUCCUCGGCAGGAACACCAUCAAUAACCUCUUCACCAUCAUCUUUACCAAAUUCUUACUCAUGAUGUUCCAAGCCGACGACGGCACUAUGAAAACAAUCCACAGAGACUGGGAAAUCACAGUGGAAUGCGACAAUACUAGCUUAGCCUUCCGCAAAAUGUCCCAAGACGUGGCGGGCAUCUUCCUUGCCGACCUCGACUUCCGCCAGGACUGCCAACCCCGAUCGGAACUAGAAGGAGACAUGGAAAAACUACAGAUAGGGCAAUCCAAGGAGGACUACAGGUUCAUCAAUAGGAACCUACCCUACGACCUAAAGGAAGACCUAAUAGACCUCCUGAAACGAAACAGGGACUUAUUUGCAUUCACCCCGGCUAACAUGCCGGGCAUAGAUUCUGACCUGAUGUGCCACUGCUUAGCCGUAUACCUGAAGGACAAGCCCGUGACCCAAAGAAGAAAGAAAAUGUCCCUCGACCGAGCAGCUGAGAUCAAGAAAUAAGUAAAAGCCCUUCUCGAAGCAUGGUUCAUACGAGAGCUACCCUACAUGACCUAGUUAGCCAAUGUUGUGUUAGUCAAGAAAGCAAACGGAAAGUGCCGAAUGUGUGUUGAUUAUACAGACUUGAACAAAGCUUAUCCCAAAGACGCCUUUCCCCUUCCAAACGUUGACGGACUCGUCGAUGCCGCAUCAGGGCACCAAUACCUUAGCUUCAUGGAUGCCUAUUCGGGGUAUAACCAAAUACCCAUGCAUCGACCUGACGAGGAGAAAACGGCCUUCAUAACUCCCGACGACUCGUACUGCUACACGGUCAUGCCAUUUGGGCUAAAAAAUGCAGGGGGCACCUACUAGAGACUUAUCACCAAGAUAUUCCAGGACUUAUCCGGGACUAAAUUAGAAGUCUAUAUCGACGAUAUGUUGUCCAAAACUCAGCCAGGAGAGCAACUCAUCAACGCUCUUGAGCUAGUAAUGAAUACCCUAAGGAAAUACCAAAUGCGUCUCUACCCGACGAAGUACGCAUUCAAAAUGGAAGCCGGGAAAUUCCUGAAAUUUAUGAUCACCCAACGCAGGGUCAAAGAAAAUCCUGAAAAAUGUAGAGCUAUCCUCGAGAAGAACAGCCCAGGAAACCUCAAAGAUAUUCAAAAAUUGACCGGCCGACUGGCCGCCCUUUUCCGGUUCCUCGGAGCAUCGGCCCAAAGGGCCAUCCCCUUCUUCAAACUCAUGAAAAAGGACAUCACCUUCAAGUGGGAGGCAGAGUGUGAAGAAGCUUUUCAGCACUUCAAAAAAGUACUAGUGGAACAUAUCCUCGCCAAACCCAAAACAGGAGAAACUCUAUACCUUUAUUUGUCCAUAACAGAAGAAACGCUAGCCGCAAAACUCGUCUGAGAAGAUGAACACGGGACACAGAAACCCAUAUAUUUCAUAAGCAAAGUCCUCCAAAACGCGGAGGCAUGCUACUCUCGGCUUGAAAGCUUGCCCUUUGCACUACUUACAGCCUCACGACGUCUCCAACAAUACUUCUAGGCUCACCCCAUUACGGUCCAAACGGACCAAGCGGUUAGACAAGUGCUACAAAAGUCGAACCUAGCAGGAAGGAUACUCGCAUGGUCCAUCGAACUAUCCCAAUUGCAGAUAGAUUUCGUAUGCAGUAAUGCCGUCAAAGCACAAGCCAUGGCAAACUUUAUCGCCGAAAUGACCCCAGGAAGCGAAUUCAUAGAAAUAUGGAAACUACACGUGGAUGGCUCGUCUAAAACAAGCUCGGGAGGGGCUGGAGUAAUAAUAGAGAAUGAAAAUAGAAUCGUCAUCGAACAUUCGAUACAAAUUCCCGAUAUCAAACAAUCAAGCUGAGUAUGAGGCCCUCUUGGCCGGGCUAACGUUAGUCAAGGAAAUCGGGGAAAUGACACUAAAAAUUUGCAGCGACUCCUAGGUAGUAAGCUCCCAAAUCAACGGGGACAACCAAACACAGGACCCCCUGUUAGAACAAUACCUAGCCAAGGUUCGUUGGCAUGCGUGCGCAGGUGGAGAAGCAAAUGCAGGAAGAUAUAUAUUUAAUAAGUUAAAAUAGUUAGCAGAUUCUGUUGUUUUUGGUCAAGUUAUUUUCCAAAUUGUGUAUGGGCUCUUCUAUAUUAAGUUUGUGGAGAUUUUUAGUUAUUUAAUCUUUAAGA